AUGACAGGACACUACCCAAGUAUCGCAAACAAGCUGUCCAUGUUGGCAAAGUAUUUCAGAAGGGAGAUUGUACAAAGAAUGAGAAAGCCAGUGCAGUAGCUGUGAGAACUUCAAGCUUAGGUGAGUAUAGUGCUCAUAAACCUAGACUUUAAUGAGGCUGAAAGAUUUUGGUGAAAUUCAUAACGGUUUAUUCAAAUCCUUUUGAAUUAAACUUAGUCUGUCGUCUCUUUUUCUUGCAAAAACAUUCUUUAUAAUAAUUUUUAUAAAGAAAUUGUGAGCCAAAUCAAAAGGAAACGUGAAGUUGACGUAAAAGUGCUGCAUCUUAUAAAGCUGACAUGCUCUUUUUGCAGAUAUACUUGAAUGCUGCAAAGUCCUGGGUAAAGAAUGGAUCGUACUUGUAGGCGUGAUUGGCACUCAGCGUUACCAUGGAAACACUUCAUGGGAGCAAUACGUAGCUGUGGUCUUGAGCUCACUGGUGAAUAAGGUGCUACAGGAUGACCAAGUGUUUGCAAUCUUAGAAGGAGAGGGUGGGGAGCCCAGACGUCACAGUCCCCUCCCUAAAAACCCUCUGCAAGAAACUGUUUCUCUUAAAAGUAAGCUGGGAUUAUUAAAUGGGUGUCAGCUCAACCUCUUUCCCAGGGCCUCGUCUAAGAAGGGAGUCUUUUGAGACAAUAUGGGUAUUUAAUUUGCAGCUGAUUUUCAAGCAAGGAUACGUGUAGAACUUGCUUUCCUAUCAGCUGUAAGUGGAUCGACAAUAGCGUCCCUCUGAAACUAAGGCCUUUCUGCUUUAAGGCUUUGAAAUUUUAGCAGAGUUCUAUGAUAAUAAAUGACAGAAGCUUAUUCCGUUUUUGAGUCAUAAUGACUUUUAAACAAGUAGUCCUGCUAAUUCGUUUUUUAUUUUUUGGAGAACUGAUUGAAAUCGAUUAGGUAUAAUUUGAUGCGUUCUAAUUCUACUCAGUUGAAUACUUAACAAAGUGUAUGUUGAUCUAUUGAUUCAGAAGUAAUAUUGGCCAGCAACUCAAAAUACCUUUUUCCAUCCUUUUACAGGAUAUCAACUGACUGGUUCAGACAUUUCCCUCUAG